AGCAUUCACUAUACACCCCACUUGCUGUUCUCAUCUGUCGCGUAUCCUUGUUAACCACAUUAUCUUUGUAUAACAAUAUAUAACAAGAAGAUUUGCGCAAAGGAGCGAAUAAUGAAGAAGCUGGAAGGACACGGUGGUACACGCGCUCCCGAGAAAGAGCUUUAUUGAACUUCAGCCCGACGCGACAGUGCCAAGACGUUAUAUCGACGUUAUAACGAAAGCCACAAAACACCAAGAAUGUAUUUAACGCUUUUCAAAGUUUUCACUUAACCAUGGAGUUUUACGCACGGACUUUGCUGCAGUUUUUCUUAACGACAUUACUGUGUCAAGGUUGUUGCGCGCAGGUGUUUAAUCUCAGUCUUUUUGUAGAGGAAGGAUUACCUGCAAAGACUGUCGUCGGAGAUAUAAGAGAUGGACUACCCGUAAAUAUCACAGGUUCUGGGUUCUUUAUAUCUGAAAGCAAAGAUUCAGAUGUGUUCAGAGACUUGAAGAUUGAUGGAGACACCGGGAUCAUCUCCACCGCCGUCGUGUUGGACCGAGAGCGCGUAGAUAAGUAUGAGUUUGCGGCGGCUACAUUAACAGGAGAGGUUGUUAAAGUUAUCAUUGAGGUCAAGGAUGUAAAUGAUAAUUUCCCUGUGUUUCGCGUUAAAACAAUCCAGUUAAAUGUGUCUGAAUUAAGUCCUCCUGGAACCCGUUUUGAGCUAGAAGGAGCUGAAGACCAGGAUAAGGGUGCUUAUGGCAUCCAGGGCUACAGAAUUACAGAUGGAGACGCGAGGAAGAUUUUUACAGUUGAAGUCCGCAACAGUGGAGGUGAUAUGUUCAAUGUAGACCUUAUUCUGCGAGAAAGAUUAGAUAGAGAAACUACAGACUCCUAUAGUCUCACAAUUGAGACAUUUGAUGGUGGUAUACCACCAAAAACUGGCCAGCUACAGGUGUAUAUUACUGUACUGGAUGAAAAUGACAACCAGCCUGUGUUCAAUCAGACCGAGUAUCGUGCUGUCAUAUUGGAAAGUGCACCAUUAAUGACUCCUGUCUGUCAGGUAUUUGCAACAGAUCCAGAUUUUGGCAGCAAUGGAGAGGUCACUUAUGACAUCAACCGUCGUCAAAGUGACCCAAAUGAGUAUUUCAUUGUUGAUAGCUCCUCAGGUAUCAUUAGAUUAAAUAAACAUUUGGAUCAUGAGAAACAGUCGUUUUUUGAGCUCAUGGUGACAGCAUGGGAUUCUGGGAGUCAGCCUGAAUCAUCUAAUGCUUUUGUGGGUAUUAAAAUACUGGAUGUGAAUGAUAACCACCCAAAUAUCAGCAUUCUGUUUUUAAAUGAGGCUGGAGCACCUAAAGUAUCAGAGGGAGCAUGGCGGGGGGAAUAUGUUGCCAGGAUUGCGGUCUCAGACCCUGAUUUAGGGGAGUUAAAGAAGAUUGAUGUGGUCCUCCAAGGUGGGGAUGCAAUGUUCACGCUCAAAUCCACUGAUGAUUUUCUUUAUGUACUCUGUGUGGAUGGAAAACUGGACCGAGAGGUAAAUGACAUGUAUGAACUCACUGUGAUUGCCUCAGAUUAUGGCUCGCCUCCCCUAAGGAGUAAAACAACAUUUCAAGUUCAGGUCACCGAUGUGAAUGACAAUCCACCUGUUUUUGAACAAAACACCUAUGAGGAGAGCAUUCCUGAGGAUGUACAUGAGGGAACAGCUCUCUUACAGGUGAAGGCCACGGACAGAGAUCAAGGAGAGAACUCUGAAAUCAUUUAUUCUUUUGUACAGUCAGAGAAAGAGCAUCUGUUUAGCAUAGAUACAAAAACAGGUGUCAUUAUUACUGCUGCAAGCUUAGACUAUGAGAAACAGAGGGAGCUGAUGUUCUUAGUGGUGGCUACUGAUGGUGGUUCUCCAUCUCUCUCUGCCACAGCCACUGUGAACAUCCAUGUAACGGAUAUCAAUGACAACAAACCCAUAUUUCAGCAACAGUUCUACAACAUAACCAUUAAAGAGCAUACAGCUGUUGGAACAUGCAUCUUACAGGUCACUGCCACAGAUGCUGAUGAUGCUGAGUUUGGAAAAGUGCAGUAUUCGCUCUGUGAUGGCUACAUUAGCGAGGAUGCCCACCCUUUCUUCAACAUCAACUCUGUUACAGGGGAAAUCUGUGUCUCCCAGGACAUUGACUAUGAAGCUGGCUUUGUGACCUUUGACCUGCUAAUUAAAGCUGAAGAUCAAGAUGGUCUUAAUUCGCAGACAUUCGUUCACAUCGAUGUGGAGGAUGUGAAUGAUAAUUCUCCUGUUUUUAAUCCUGAGAGAUAUAUCACAAGCAUAAGCUGCCAUGCCCAGCCUGGCACUGAACUCCUCAGCGUAUUUGCUUCUGACCAGGAUUCUGGCAUCAAUGGGGAAAUCACUUAUGAGCUACUACCUGGAGAUUCUGCCUCUUUAUUCAGCGUGGACCAGUCAACAGGAUCGGUCUACCUGAACUCUUCACUGUCUCAGCUGCAUAGUAGCAGUGUAAAACUGUCCAUCUCAGCUCGGGAUGGAGGAGGGCUGUCUACCAUUCAUCCUGCUAAUAUCACCAUGAGCGUCCUGUACAGCGAACAGCCCCCUGCUUUCUUCCAGAAGUCCCACUACAGCUUCUUCAUCUCUGAGGAUGCACCUGUAGGCUCCACUGUCGGUUUAGUUAAGGCUGUUACACCUGCCAAUUCAGUGGAGGUAGUCUCAUACAUCAUUUCAUCUGGUGAUCCACAGGGGCUUUUCUCAGUAGAUGCCCAGACGGGCGUCAUCACCACAAACAAACCUCUUGACCAUGAGUCCCUCUCCUGUGUUCUCCUGAUCUUACAGUUCCACACAGGAACCUUUCCUAUCUACAGCAUUGCUCAGGUCAAUGUUUCCAUAACAGAUGUCAACGACAACCCUCCUGUAUUCCAGAAGACCUCAGGGCGCAUCACAAUAUCACAUAACACCCCUCCAGGGACACCAUUCUUCAUUGCACAUGCUGAAGAUAGAGACGGCGGGCUUAACGGCAAAAUUCGCUACACGUUACUUCCUAAGAGCCAGUUGUUUACCAUUCACCCACACCUUGGAACUCUCACUCUGAGCAAUGACCUGUCUAGAGAUUCUAGACAGAGAUACGAGCUCAGUGUUAUAGCAAAGGAUGAGGGUCAGCCUUCAUUGAACUCUACCCUAGAUCUUGUGAUAGAGAUGGACUCUUCAGGCUUUGCAGAAGACACACUAGCCUUCGAAACGCUGGUUUACCAGGUGGAAAUUGGAGAAAAUGCUCAAAAAGACACCAGAGUAAUUCAAGUUCGUGCUUAUAGUUCCAGAGCCCGGAGCAGAGGAAACUUUGCCAUGACAUACUCUCUUAAACCUAUCACUGGGGUGCCACCAUUCAAGAUCCACCCAGAGAGUGGAUGGAUGUUUGUAUCGCAACGUCUUGACUACGAAACUGAACCCACUUACAGAUUCAGCAUCUGUGCAAGCAUGCAAGAUGGUCCAAUGGAAGCCACUGCCACAGCAACUGUUGUGGUUGUGGUUAAGGAUGAGAAUGACAAUGCACCUGUAUUCGAAAGGGAUGUGUAUUUCUUUAGCAUGCAGGAGGGACCAUCCCCUCAUGGGUUAAUAGGAACAGUAAAAGCCACAGACAGAGAUUCUCAUAACAAUGCAGUGUUAACCUACAUCUUGCUGUCUGAUGGAAAACACUUUAGCAUCAACCCCAGAACAGGAGAGAUCAUAAACCUGGUGGCUUUGGAUCGUGAGGAGCAAGCACAACAUGUGCUACGGGUGAUGGUGACAGACCAGGGUCGUCCUCGUCUUAACGCCACCAGUGUUGUUUACAUUCUAGUCACAGACAUCAACGACAACCCCCCCCAAUUCAUGCACCUGCCUGCAACCAAACAGUUAAACGUACAGGUGUGGACAGGAAUUCCAGAGGGUUCUGUUGUAAUCAGUAUGUUUGCUAAAGACCUGGAUGCUGGAGAAAAUGGAACUGUCAAGUUCUUCAUUAAAGAUGAUCACAUGGGGCACUUUAGUAUUGACAGCCAUAGUGGGGAUGUCACGGUGACGGAGCAGUUCUCCUUAAACCCUCAGAUGCACUACACCCUGAAUGUGGUUGCUAAAGACAAUGGCUCGGUACCUCUGGAAGAGACUGCAGCUAUACACAUACAGGUUUAUGCAUUUGACGAACAAAAUGGACCCUCAGAUUUCCAAGGCUUUAGACAUUUCACCGUGCGAGAAGAUGUGAGGCUUGGAAGUGUCAUUGGUUCACUUGAGAUUACUAAGGCACCCGAUACACACUUGCGAUAUUCUGUUGUGGAGGGUGAUGGCACUUUGCAGUUUGGUAUCAAUAGUGGCAAGCUCUAUGUGGCACAGCAUCUGGACUAUGAAGUCACACAACGUUAUUUUUUGGUUGUACAUGCAGAAGCCCCUCCUACUUUCAAUGCCACUGUAUUUGUGGUGAUCAGUGUUACUGAUGUCAAUGACUACGCUCCCUGGUUCCCAUACAAUGACAACAUUGUGGUGUUUGGUGUCCAUGAAGAUGUUACUAACGGAUCACAGGUGUACGCCUUUAACGCACGCGAUGCAGAUGGAAGCCUGCAAAACAGUGAGCUUUAUUACAAUUUGGCCUUUGACUCUGAACUUGCCAAAGAUGAACUGCCUUUCCACAUCAACCCUCAAACUGGAGUUGUCACGACAAAUGCACAGUUGGAUCGUGAGCACAGUGAGAGCUUUGUAUUUAAAGUGACUGCCAGAGACCUUGUGGAUGACCCUAAUGAUCAGAAAUACUCCUCUGUGAUAGCUCAGGUGAUUCUGUUGGAUGUCAAUGACAACAUCCCCACGUUUGUUUCCAUGGAAACAGCUUCUGUCUCAGAGGACACAGAGGAGGGACAUUUGGUUCAUCAUGUAAAAGCCAGAGAUGAAGAUGAAGGAAGUAAUGGACAAUUAAUAUACAGUAUUAUAUCAGGCAAUGAGAAGGGCUGCUUUAACAUGGAAAAAACAGGACAUCUGUAUCUUAACUCUUCUCUGGAUUAUGAAUCCCAGCAUGUCCACAUCCUCACAAUCCAGGCCACAGACCGUGGCAUUCCCUCUCUUUCUUCCACUCAGACACUUACAGUUGAGGUUUUGGAUGUGAAUGACCAGCCUCCUGUGUUCCAGCAGCAAGUUUACAAUGUCACAGUUAUGGAGAACAGAGAGCGAGGAGAGAUUAUUGUCACGGUCACAGCAGUCGACAUGGACUCAGAGGAAAAUGCUGCCGUGAGCUACAGCUUGCUGCCCAGUUCAGGAUAUGAGCUCUUCAUGAUAAACUCUCACACUGGUCAGAUCAGCACCUCCACAUGCCUAGACCGAGAGAUCUGCUCUAGUUUUACUCUCAGAGUUCAGGCAGAGGACAGUGGAACCCCCUCUCUCUCCAGCACUGCCACGGUCAUCUGCUCUGUUCUCGAUGAUAAUGACAACGCUCCAGAAUUUUCUCAACCUGACUUUCACAUAAUAAUCCCAGAGAAUUUGCCUCCAGGAGUAAUUCACACGGUCCAGGCCUCAGAUGUUGAUAAUGGACCAAAUGGAACAAUUCAGUACUCAAUGGAAGAUGCAGAAAAGUGUUUCAGUAUUGACAGUGUGACUGGAGCAGUCAGCACGGCUAGAGUCUUGGACAGAGAGGAACGUACCAACUACACCCUCCUCAUCACUGCAGCUGACCAUGGGGAUCCCCCUCUGAGCGCCACUACACUCCUAAACAUCACCCUCUCAGAUGAAAAUGACAACGUCCCCUCGUUCACUCGGAAAACAUACCGUGCCACCAUUAGAGAGGAUCUUCCUGCCAAUUCUGAGGUCAUACGACUCAUAGCACGGGAUGCUGACGAGGGGUCCAAUGGUGUCGUCACCUACUCCUUAUUGGAGGAGAACUCUGGAAACUUUUACGUUGAGGGCUCCACAGGUGUGAUACGACUGACGAGGUCACUGGACCGCGAAACUCGCUCUCAGCAUGUUUUUCGUGCUGUAGCUACUGACGGCUGCAGACAGGGCCCACGCAGCUCAGUCGCUAUAGUUACGAUACAGGUAGAAGACAUUAAUGACAAUCCACCAUCAUGUAUUGAGGAACCCAUGCGGGUUUCAGUCUCUUUCACCUCCACAUAUCUCCAUCAGCCCAUCAUCACAGUUACAGCCCGUGAUCCAGACCAGGGAGAUAAUGGCACAGUGGUUUUUAGACUAUCAGACGAAUAUGAGCUGUUUCAGGUGGAUAGGCUUUCUGGAGAUGUGAGGUUUAAAGCUCCCUUAAAGACUGGGGUUUCAGGGACACAUUUGCUCCGUGUGGAGGCUGCAGAUAUGGGUACACCUUCCCUCACCUCCACCUGCCUUCUGCUUAUUCAGUUGAAUGGAGAUGAGCCACUGUUGCAGUUUACAGAGGAGCUCUAUGAAGUCACCAUCCUGGAGAACAGCAAGAAAGGUUCUUGGGUGGCAAAUGUUGUAGCUUAUGACCAUACAGCAGAUGAAGCUACAAUCAAGUACAGUAUUUUCAGUGGCAAUGAGAAUGAGGCCUUCACAAUUAAUACAAGUACAGGAGAUAUCAUAGUUGGGGAAGAAAAGCUGCUAGACUUCGAAGUAGAGCGCAAAAUUCAUCUCGUGGUUCUGGCUGAAAAUGGACAACAGACAGCUUACGCAAGAGUGACCAUCACUAUGCAGGAUGUCAAUGACAACGCACCAGUGUUCAAGCAAAGCUACUACAGAACAGCUGUCUGGGAGGGACAAAUUCACAACACUUAUGUUAUGCAGGUGUUAGCCACAGAUUCUGACAGUGGUGCAAAUGGACAGAUCAGUUACUUCAUUGUGGAUGGGAACCACAAUAAUGCAUUUGUGAUCGACUCUGUUCGUGGGAUUCUAGCCACCAAUACUGUCCUUGACAGAGAGAUUGUCUCCUCAUACAAGUUAAUAAUACAGGCCAAAGACAUGGGAAGCCCCCCUCUCACAGGCACCUCCACUGUCCGUGUCCACGUCGUAGAUGUCAAUGACAAUAGCCCUACAAUACCAUCCAUGGAACAAGUGACCAUCGUAGAAAAUCUUCCUGUUGGCCAUAUUGUCACUCAAGUAAUUGCAAAUGACGUUGACCUCAGUCCUGCAGCAACGUUCAGAUUUAUAGGGAAGGAUGAGACAAGCUUUGCAAUUGACCGCUAUUCAGGGAUAAUUACCACGACUAAAAGACUGGAUUAUGAGACUCAAACUGUCUAUACACUGAGAGUGGAAGCAUCAGACUCUGUCCAUCAAACAGUGGCUGAACUCUCCAUACAGGUGAUGGAUAUCAAUGAUAACCCCCCCGUUUUCUCUCAAGAGUCUUACCAGGUUAUAUUGCCAGAGUGGACACCCGCAGAUUCAUAUGUUAUGACUGUUUCAGCAAAUGAUCGAGACUCUGGACAAAAUGGCAACAUUUCUUAUAGGCUUCUUUCCUCCCCAAUGACAGGAUUCUACAUUGAUGCUGAGAAUGGUUCAGUGUUUACCAACCGGCCUCUGAAGCAUAUUCCAAAUGGAAACAUCCUGCGGCUCCUGGUGGAAGCACGGGACAGUGGUGACCCAAAACUGUUUAGCGUCACAUCUGUGGACAUAGAGGUGGCAGACUCCAAUGAUCAUGCCCCUUACUUCACACAGAACUCAUACCUGGUAAAUGUUCCAGAGGAUGCGUCUGUUGGAAGCACUCUCCUCACUCUGUCAGCAGAAGACAAAGACUAUUCAUCUGAAAACACUUAUUUGGAGUACACAAUUGUAGGUGGAAAUGACGAAAGGCGCUUCUGUCUAGAUGUUGUUAGCAUUCAGACCUUCGAAGCCCACAGACAAACUAUUGGACAAGUUGUGCUCUGUGAUAGUCUGGAUCGAGAGACAACUGACAUUUACAUGUUAACUGUGAUUGUAACAGACAGGGGAAUGCCUCCACUUAACAGCACAACUGUGGUGACAGUCAAAGUACUUGAUAUUAAUGACCAUGCACCUGUUUUUGGUAGUACAGAGUACCAUACACAAAUCCGUGAAAACAGCCCUAUAGGUGCUAUUCUUAUCCAGGUCUCUGCUCAUGAUCUUGAUCUGGGCAAUAAUGGGACAGUAAAAUACAACAUUAUUUCAGGUAACAGCAGAGGAUUAAUCAGAUUGGAUCCUACAACAGGUAUCCUUGAUGUUAUGGGUACCCUCGACUAUGAAGAGGAUACUAAAUUGACCCUAAUAAUCCAAGCCUCAGACUGCGCUGCUCCAAAUGACAAAAAGGUAUCUUUCGCAGUUGUUUACAUAUCAGUACUGGACGAGAAUGACAAUGCCCCAUUCUUCGUGUUCCCUAUCAUCAACUGCUCAGUAGCUGAAAACCUUCCAGUUUUUACCCCUGUAUGCACCGCACAUGCUGUUGAUGAAGAUGCAGGAAACUUUGGACUACUGACCUAUUCAGUUGAAACCCCCUGUUUCAUGGACUAUGACAGUACUAAUCCAGACAGAAAAGAAGCCUUUGGUAUUAAUCCAUCUACUGGAGAAAUUCACACAAAACAGACAUUCGACUUUGAAAGAGCAAGUGAAUACUGCUUUGUGGUAGAGGCACGUGACAAAGGAGAUCAGGUGGCAACCUUGAAAGUACAGAUCAACAUCGAGGGCAUUGAUGAGUUCAGCCCUAUAUUUACUCAGAAUGUGUACCAUUUCUCUCUGCCACAUAAUGCCAAGGUUGGCCAAAGUAUUGGUCAUGUGAUGGCUAUGGAUCAUGAUGGUGGUCUGGAUGGCUUAGUGGAAUACUCUUUAGUCAACCCAUCCCCAUUUUUCAAUGUCAGCAAAACAACUGGCAGUAUAUUUAUUUUAAACCCAGUGUAUCAGAGAGGAAGCUCCAUGUUAAAGGAGACAAUAGAGAAUCUAUUGGUUCUGGCAAGCAGCCCCAAACUGGAUUCCAGGUCAUCAAGUUGUCAUGUAAUUGUGAAUAUAUCCAGUUCAGAAAAAGCAAGUGUUUCUCUUAGUGUCCAAGCCACCAGUGUCAGUGUGUCAUUAUUAGUGUUCUUCCUAUUUUUGAUAAGCAUCAUUGCACUUGUUAUAAGGUACAAGUCCAAAGAGAAAUCUUCCAAGAAGACAGCCUCCAUAUCUGCUAACCUCAACCAAGAGACUGACACUUUUGGUAGGAUAGGUGGUAAUCUUCAUAGCAUCAAUGGUAUAAACCUUCAAGAUUUACAAACACCAUUAAAUGCGUGGGCAAAACUUGAUAUUGCAAACCAAUUGAGGAACUCAGACUCGAGUGGAAGAGGAUCUGCUGAGGAUGAGACUGCUGAGGAUCAGGAGAUCAAAUCAAUCAACAAAUUUUCAUAUUACAAGCCGUUUAGGUCUAUCCCAACACAAGUCUCAAACUCAGAGACCAGUGUGGACUCAAACUUGGAACACUCUUCCAAUAAAGAGCUGUCUUCUGGUGCCAAUAUAGGAAUAGUCCAAAUAGUGGACAUGGCCAGCUCUGAGAGUCUCCACAAUUUUAGGGAAGAAGGAGGAGGUGAGGGAAUGCUUCCUCAGGUGGUCAACAUGAGAGAAGUGCAGGAGGUCAUGAAAAGAUGCAUGUCCAUGCCUGGUGAACGUGGUUGGAUCGAAGGCUCACUCACCAACCUGAUUUCCUCUGAGGAACAGCUACAUGGCGGAGACUACUUUCUUAGCUGGCAACCACGCUUCCAAACUUUGGCCUCUGUUUUUACAGACAUUGGCAUGCUUCCAGACGAAGAGAUGAGGGAUGGGGAUGUGGAUCCAGAGUCUCAUAGCCUUCUGUACCCACCGCCUCUCAUCACAGCAGUUGCCCAGCCAGGAAUACGUGCUGUCCUUCCUAGGAUGCCAAGUAGAAAACCAACCCUACUACAUACUGGAAACACAGGAUUAACCCCUUCAGCAAUGACCCCCAGUUUCUCACCAUCCCUGUCGCUACUUACUGUUAGAACACCCAGUACUUCUCCAGUGGUCUCAGAAACAGGGUUGGGAUGCUACACAAAAAUAUCAACACUGCCAAAAGAUGUCAUAGAGGAUCUAGAGGUUCAAUUGUAGUCUUUAAAAAAUAAUAUUCAUUUAUUUAAUCUACUGUGUGUUUUAACACUGUUUUUAAAUUAAAUAUUGCUAAUCGGGGACAGCUCAAGAUGAAAUCACAAACAUUUGCAUUAUGUUAGCUUUUGCUUCUUGAUAAUUUAAUUGUUUUUAUUAAGAAUGGCCUACCAUGGGCGAUGUUUAACGUUUGUGAUUGGGGGGCACCUACCUGCAGACAAGGGAACUCCAGUGCUUCAAGAUUAGCGAGUGGGGCUUCCUGGUAUUCAAAUAUGGUUUAAGUGAUUUAGAAAUAUUUUAACCUUGCUUUACUUAGUCUACACUUAGUCUCCCACUACAAUAAUAAGAUAGGACAUAGAAUUUUUUUUUAUUCAUAGCUCAGAGAAAAUCAUAACUGGCUCUGGUCUAGGGGAGUGAACCCCGGCACCCCAAAAUGUUAACUACAGAUUUUUUUGUUAUUAUAUUGUUUUGUCAAAUGUUUGGUACAAAUGUUUCUGCAACUUGAACAUAGGAGCUUGUGCCAGGUUCUCUUUGUGUGCACUGAAUAUAUUAAACAAGAGAAGCACUUUAUAAUACCUUAUGGAGUUCCUAUACGAUUUGAUAUUUUUAUAAUAAAAUUAAUUUUGAUUAAAGACAUUAAAUUUAUCAAAGAGUCUCCAUAUAUUUUUGAAACAAUAUUUUAGUAUAAUUUGUCAUUAUGCAGAACAGAUUUGUGAAUAAAGAAGCUUGCUGGUCUUAACUAAACUGUUUUGGCACUGCAAAUACAACUGAUAUCACCAGUCAAAUCUUGAACCAGUAUUUUUUUAUUACACAUAUUACACUUGGACUGAAACUGGCAUGAAACUGACUUUCUCUUAUUAAUUCCUGAUGUCUGACAUGUUGGUCAAAUGGUGUAACUUUAAUAAAGAAGUGUGUGCCCAGCCAAAAUUGCAGGCUUAUUGUUGGGAAAACAAUUUCACUAUUAGAAUGUCUCUCAAUUUCUGCUUCUUAAAUUCCUUUUCUGUUGUAGAUUUGCAAAUGUGUACACUGCAUAACAUUCCUACAUGCUGUUUUAGAGCCAGAUAGUGGUUUUCCUUCUUUAAGCUUACCUUUUUGACUGUGCUAUAAACUAUUUUAUAAAACAUUUAUAAAUUUGAUUUACAAUAACAUACAGCUAUGACCACUGCACCCAACAAUUCUUUGUAUCACUGUGCAGCACCCUUAACAACAUAACAUAUUUGUAAAAGAUUAUCUUGCUGUUCACAGUCCGUCAGGGAAUAUUUUUUCCAGCGGAAAGAAGCCUUUUGGUGAUUGUACUUCAUGAAAGUUGUGUUGAUAUAUAGGCUUAUUUUUUGCUUUAAUAUUGCAAAAUCAUAAAUGUGUCAUGGCUGAAGGGGUUGCAUUCACUCUUCUUCACUUUGUGCCUAACAACACCCUUCAGGCAUUACUUACUCCACAGCACAGCCUCUCGCACCUCAUUGCUUACAUGAUUUUUGUUCAUAAUUUUUUACAACAAUUUACCUGAGUAGACAUUGAAAGAUUGUUAAUGUGUUAACAUCAAAGAUGUGCUUUUAAGGUGCAAAUUAUGCUUCGUUACAAUGGCAAAGCAUGAACCUUUACACUGACCAAGUAUUGAGGCUAAAUCAACUGAUUGUAUUUAAAGAAGGGCAAUUAAAGACACAGAUGGAAAAUAACAUUUUAAAUUGCUAAGUUAUUAAAUUUGGCGGUUGACAAGGGCUUUCAAAAACCACCAGUGAAGUGGCAGCUAUGGCUUAUCCAACUAAACAACCCGCAAAAUGUAAACUCAGUAAAACUCAUAAUAUCCCACGCCAACAUUUUUUUCAUACUGUCUUUUCAGCUUUCAUAAUAUUUUAUGGAAUCAGAAGACAGAAUUUGGUUUAAAGGGAUGUUUUUUUGUAUGGUUUGUGUUGAUCUUAGGAGAAAUUAAUUACAGAAUUGUAAAAUUAUGGAAAGCAGCUUUGCCAGAUCUGCAAUGUGAUGCACAAAUUACUAGACAGGUUUGUGUUGUUGGUUCAAAUGGAAAGAGGUUUAUCAGAAGUUUAAAACUUUGCCAGCAGUUUUUUCCAGGCGGUCUAACCGAGGCCGUUUACAUGACAACGUUUUUACAGUAUGUGGUUUGGCUGUUCGUUUACGCAACAACAGUGUUUUGGGGUCCUGAAAAUGCUAACUUUUAAAGAUGGGUUUCAAAAUCUGCAUAAAAUGCGUACAGUAAAGAAGAAUUUGUGAUAAUAGUGACGUCAUGCACAUGUGUUAGACAUGCUCGAGUAUAACCAAAACAACAAUGGCACCUAUGUUUGUGCCGCUCAAGAUAGUUUACGCUUCUCCAAUAAAGUUUAAAAAAAAUUGCCGCUUUAUAGUCCAGGGUCACUUAAAGGGACACUCCACUUUUUUUGGAAAUCCGUUUUGGAAUCCAUUCAGCUGAUCUCCGGGUCUGGCGCUAACACUUUUAGCAUAGCUUAGCACAAUCCAUAAAAUCAAAUUAGUCAAUUGGCAUUGCGAAUGUAACAGUCACAGAAUUACCGCACAGAGAACUGGGACUUGAACAUGGACAUAGAUUCAGACACACAUACACAACAAAGAAGCAAGACACAACUUUUUUAUAUUCAUAUUUUUAUUACAAUUAUUAAUUGUUCAGUAAAAUGAGUGAAUGGAAUUUUUUUAUUUUGGUGUUUGUCCCAUAGUUUUAUAUCUAUGGGGAAGUAGUGGUGGGAAUCCUUUGUUCCAUUCAAUUUGGAGUCUACCAAUGUUAAUUGAACAUGGGAGUUUCAGGGACAACGUGGCUGAGUUGCUUCUGGGAUAUUUUCAUUGUUCAGAAUAUUGUGAAUUACUUUGUAAGAUAUUGGAAAAGAAGUCAUAUAUUAUAAUUAUUGUGAUCAAAUAAAUUUUUCCAAAGUUAAUGUCUAUGGGAAUUGUGUUGAGUGUUUCUUGUGAGUGCUGGCCGCCAGUAUAAAUAUUAUGAAUGUUUGGAGUAGUUUUGAGUAGUUUUUUUUUUUUUUUUUUGGUCUGUGCCUGCUGCUGUGAAGUGUGACCGGAAGGCUGCGGAUAUUUUCUUGUAUUUUCUGUUAUUGUUUUUUUUUGUAUUUUGCUUUAAUAAUUUUUGAAUCUGUUUUGAAUUGGUAUUUUGUAACAUUGAUUUGAACUUACUUUUGAAGACUUUUGAAUAUUUUUCCUUAUAAUUAGUUCUUUAUUGGACUUUUUUGGACUAUUUUUGACUUGUUGUCGGAAUAAACAACUUGGCAUUUCUCACACUAUCUCUGUUUAAUUUGCCAUAUGUUUUUUUGGUACCCUUAAGGGGGUUAGCACCUAAAAAAAAACCAAAGAGUUUCUAAAUUUUUUCUAUUUAAAACUUGACUCUUCUGUAGUUACAAUGAUAUAACCUAGUGCCCGAAAAUAGUCCACUGCUAUUGAAAGAUACUAAGGGAACUAUUUUCGGCUGCUUUGUAAUAUUAUUGCGCCACCUGCAGCCAUGUUACGCGGCAAAGUCCUUGAUUAUUACACCAGAAUGAGAGUAUAGUUCCUAACCAUAUCUGCCUAGAAAAUCACACUUUUUAAUUUUCCGUCAGUCUUAGUACACGAUGUAACUACAGAAGAGUCAAGUUUUAAGUAGGAAAAA